CAGUCGCUGUUGCUGCCAGCAAUUCAGUUUCGGUCGAAAGCCAAAGGCGAGCGGUUGUUGCUCCGCUUUGAAACAGCAAGCAGUGCGCGCACACCAGCAACAUUUGCGUUAAAAAUCCACUUGAGCUCAGAAAAGUCAGGCAGAAAGCGUAAAAACUAAUAGAAAGUAGAGAAGGCUUGAAAGCCAAGCGAGAACCCAGUGACAGCAGCCACAUUUCAAGCGAAAAAGUGCCAAGACUCGCGAUACCACACUCUCGUUUGUUUUUUUGGGUGCUAAGUGCAGGUGCAGCAGCAGCAGCGUCGUCGGCUGAGACCACACAUGACCACAAUGCCACCGGAAAUGUCCGCAACAACGGCAGCUCCCGUUGGCAGUGCACCGAGUGCCACCGCUCACCAUCCCGCCGCCGUCGGCGGCAUGCCGCGUCCAGCCUCUCCGGCCGUCGGCAGCAACACGACCACGGCGACGGCCACGACGGCCACGCGAUCCCGCUUCAUGAUCACGGACAUCCUGGCAGGAGCAGCGGCUGCCUCGGCGGCGGCGGCAGCAGCAGCGGCUGCUCUGGCGGCCGCCUCUUCGGGUGGGCGUGGCAGUCCGUCGGACGCGGAGCGCGACCUGGUCGCCCAGCACCACCAUCAUGCGCAACAUCCGCAGCACCACCAUCAGCAGCAACAGCAGCAGCAGCAACACCAGCAGCAGCAGCAACACCAGCAGGCCGCACUGCAGCAGUACAUCGUGCAACAGCAGCAGUUGCUGCGCUUCGAGCGUGAAAGGGAGAGGGAGCGCGAGCGGGAGCGGGAGCGGGAACAUUACAGGGAACGCCACUCGCCACCGGGCGGCAAUCCCUACGCCCACCACCCCAUGCCGCCCCACCUGCUCGCCCACUUUCCGCCCGCCCACUACGCCGUGCUGCAGCAGCAACAACAGCAGCAACAACAGCAGCAGCCACAUCCCCACCCGCACCACCUGCAGCUGGAGAGGGAGCGAUUGGAGGCACUGCAUCGGCAUGGCCACGGCCUGCCCGGGGAUCCUGGCCAGCACUUGAGCCACCUCGGCCACCUCAACCACCAGCAGCACCACGCGCACCUGCACCACCCCAUCCACGACGAGCGGUCCCGCUCACCGCUCAUGCUGCAGCAACUGGGCAGUGCCAGCAGCAACAACAACAACAGCAGCAUUGCUACCAACAACAACAAUGGCGGCAGUGCCAGCAGCAACCUCAACAGCGGCAGCAGCAGCGGCAACAACAACAAUGGCAGUGGCAACGGCAACAUGUUGCUCGGCGGAGCCGGCAGCAGCAUCAGCGGCGACCAGGCCAGCACGAUCGACGACAGCGACAGCGACGACUGCGGCGGCAAGGACGACGACGGCGACGACAGCCUGAAGAACGGCGGCUCGGCGAACGGCGACUCCUCGUCGCACCUGAGCCUGAGCCUGAGCAAGAAGCAGCGCAAGGCGCGCACCGCCUUCACGGACCACCAGCUGCAGACGCUGGAGAAGUCCUUCGAGCGGCAGAAGUACCUCAGCGUCCAGGACCGCAUGGAGCUGGCCAACAAGCUGGAGCUGAGCGACUGCCAGGUGAAGACCUGGUACCAGAACCGCAGAACCAAAUGGAAGCGCCAAACGGCCGUGGGUCUGGAACUGCUCGCCGAGGCGGGCAACUACGCCGCCUUCCAGCGGCUGUACGGCGGUGCCACGCCUUACCUGAGCGCCUGGCCCUACGCGGCCGCCGCCGCCGCCCAGUCGCCCCACGGCGCCCCGCCCUCGGCGAUCGACAUCUACUACCGCCAGGCGGCCGCCGCCGCCGCCCUGCAGAAGCCCGCCCUGCCCGCCUCGUACCGCAUGUACCCGGCGAGUAUGCCGCCCGGCAUGGCGCUGCCCGGAAUGCCCGCUCCCCCGCCCCCCGGCUCGUCGCCCAUGCUGAGCGGCUAUUACGCCGCUGCGGCGGCAGCAGCCGCCUCCGCUGGCGCCCAGCAACAGCAGCAGCAGCCUCCGGUAGCUUCCCGCUCGCCAGCGACCAGCCAGAGCGCCAACAGCGAGGCGGACUGCGAGCGGACCAGCAGCAGCAGUCGCCAGCGGCUGAUCACGCCCAGUCCGCCCCUGAAUCCGGGCAGUCCGCCGCACCGGGAGCGGCUCAACGAGGAGGAGGGCGAGCGGGACGAGGAGCGGGAGCGGGAGCGGGAGAGGGACAGGGACAGGGAGCGGGAACGCGACGAGGAGGACGACGAGGAACUGGCCCUGGAGGUCUGAGGAUCCCCGCGAGAAGCCCCUUCCCCAAAAGCAGGAUCUCACAAACUUAUCUAAAGCAGCGUUGGGUGGGCAGCGGAGAUUCAAUUCUUUUCUCUACCCGCACUCUGCCGCCACACGCACAGUAUACAACAGCGGUCGGCGAGCACACAUGAGGCAACAUUCCACUAGCCCGUGUGUCGGCCGAAGGUCUAAAAUAAUAAUCUAGUGGGCGGUGUGUAUUCGAGAACUAUGAAAUAUGGGGGACUACUUUUGGCUAAGGUUGAAACUCAACAAUUUGUAUAAAUAGUGAAACAUAAAACUAAAUCAACAUUCGGCUUAGGACUUUCCCACACUUACAACUGGGUUCAAAAUAAAAUCAGUAAAUGAAAUUUUCCCAAAAAGGU